UAUUACUAACCACUACAAGUAUUUCAGUUCUUCCCUGUUCCUGGCAGACAUUAAUGUUCUGUCACAGAAAACCGCUUCAUCAUCUUCGAUCAUUUAUAUUACGUUAAAGCAAAGAAAUGCGAAGUUCCCCCAGAUGUCCUGCCCUUCUUUUUUCUUGUCGUAUUCGUAUUGAUAUUCAUAUUGAUAUUUCCAUUUUCAUUUUCACCGGAGGAAUUGAGAGAGAGAGUACAUGUGAAUGGCCUAUUCUCUCCAACCCUAUUCUCAGUUCCUUAGCUUUCUGUUUCUUAUUGAUAUGGGUCUCCCCCAAGAUAUAAAUAGGUGUACCUGGUACUAGUAUUGCCACUGCUAGGACUGCGCCUCCACAUAAUAUAUACUUGAAGUGAGCAAAUUAAUUACUCGGCGGUCAGAUAAUAUGUUCAUGGCAUCAUUCAAUUCUUCCAAUCAUGAUCAACAAGAAGAAGAGGACCCCAGCUCAGAUCUGCAAUACCAUCACCAGCUUAUUCCCGAGCCAUCUCGAGGGGGCUUCACCUCAAUCCACAUUCGCCAAUUACUCAUUCGUUGCGCUGAGCUCAUAUCUAGGUCCGAUUUAUCUGCUGCUCACCGCCUCGUAUCCAUUUUGUCCAGUAACUCGUCCCCUGAUGGGGACUCCACUGAGAGGUUGGUCCACCAGUUUGCCAAAGCCCUCUCCCUCCGCCUCAAUAAUUGCUGCUACGCAGCUGCCGGUGCUACUUCUGCGACUGCGACCACCAUCACCACCGGUCCCACGAUGAUGAUGAUGAUGAUGAUUCCUCCUACUAGCGCUGCGGCUGCUGUAACUGCUACUACAGCUAAUGAUAGCAACAAUAUUGCCGACACAGAGCCAGAGAAGGCUCUUCAGUCAUGCUAUCUAUCGUUAAACCAAAUAACCCCAUUCGUAAGGUUCAGCCAUCUGACAGCCAACCAAGCCAUCUUGGAAGCCAUAGACGAAGGGCAGCAGGCCAUCCACAUCCUUGACUUCGACAUCAUGCACGGCCUGCAAUGGCCUCCGCUGAUGCAGGCCCUUGCCGAGCGCUCCUACCCUCCUCCCAUGCUUCGCAUUACUGCCACAGGUCAUGAUCUGAACAUCCUCCAUCGAACUGGCGAUCGCCUUCUGACGUUUGCUCAGUCCCUCGGCCUCAGAUUCCAGUUCCAUCCGCUUCUCCUCGGCAACAGCGACGACCCUGUUAUUCCUCCCGCGCUUGCGCUCCUCCCUGAUGAAGCGCUUGCGGUCAACUGCGUGCUUUAUCUGCACAGGCUCCUUAAGGACGACUCCCGUGCCCUACGUCUCUUCCUCCACAAGAUCAAGACCUUGAACCCCAAGGUGGUUACCAUCGCCGAGAGAGAGGCCAACCACAACCACCCUCUCUUCUUGCAGAGAUUCGUGGAGGCCUUGGACCACUAUACGGCCGUCUUCGACUCCCUGGAGGCCACGUUGCCCCCCAACAGCAGGGAGAGGCUCACUGUGGAGCAAGUUUGGUUCGGAAGAGAGAUCAUGGACAUCGUGGCAGCAGAGGGAGACAAAAGAAGAGAACGGCACGAAAGGUACGAGUCGUGGGAGGUGAUGCUUCGGAGCUCAGGGUUUUCCAAUGUUCCCUUGAGCCCCUUUGCCCUUUCGCAGGCCAAACUCCUCCUGAGGCUCCACUAUCCUUCUGAGGGUUACCAGCUCCAGAUUCGCAACGAUUCUUUAUUUCUUGGUUGGCGGAAUCGAGCUCUCUUCUCAGUAUCUUCCUGGCACUGAAUUAAUAUCCCUAGCUAGCUCAACCGUUCCCCAACCCAAUAAUUAAAGAUCCAGGCUAGGAAUGGUUUGAGGAUAUCUCUCUCUCUUUUGCUUCAUUAGGUCUUCGCCCACAUAUUGUGAUCAACAAACAAGCAAUGUCAGUUAAAAGUGGUUCCUAUAUAGCUAUAACCCAAUCCAAAUCUAAGUUUCCCUCCCUGCAUACAGACUCUAUCUCUCUCUCUCUCUCUCUCUUCUUACUAGCUAGCCUUGGUCAGUAAACUUGCAUGGGCAUUUGGGCGCGUUGUUAAUCUGUACUGUGCAUGAAACCAUUCUUGAAAGAAACAGAUCAUAACGAAAUUAACAGCCUUCCAUCACCUUAGUUCGAUCGCUUCACCAUGCUCCUGAGGUUGGUUCUUUCUUGGGUACUGAAACUGAUUAAUCUUGUAGUUUAUACUUGUCUUUCAAAUAUCGUUUGCUUUUGUCGCCUUUAAUUCUCUUUAUUUCCCUCUUUCUAUAUGAUCUUUAUUGGGCUUUAAUUAAUUAAUUCUGUAACCAAUUCCGUUUUGGAAGACAAUUAUUAAUGCUAAGUG